UAAGACAGAAAACAAACAUGGCGUCUCCGAACAGCGACGAGUGGAAGUCCAUCUGCGACAAAUUCAACAACGCCCUGCAUCUCAGUGAAGUCGAAUCCCGAAACGACCCCGAUACCGAGCCUUAUAUAUCUAAGUACAAGGCCAGGAAUCUUCUGGAAGAGGUGCACUGUUCUUUAAAGAGCAUCGGCGCCGAUGAUGGCGAGGAGGACGGCGGCCAGAGCGUUGACCAGCAGCAGCAGCAGUCGGAGGAUGCGCAGCGGGAGGAUCUGUUCAGUCGGGGCGUCAGCAGCGACACGGCGGCCGGUCAGCAAAUGGCCAAGCUGGCGGCGGUGGAGUACCACCUGGGUGUCAACCAUGUCGACACACAGGAGCUGACCGCGGGACAGAAGCGUCUGAUGAACUGCAUGGAGCUGCUGGGGAAGCUGAGAGUGUCGUCAGACAAUGUGUCCAUGUUUAUCCACGUCAAGAACAAGUUGGGAAUCUUGUUUGCUGGUUGUGGAGAGUUGGAGGACGCGCAGAAGUACCUCGAGACUGCAGAAACAAUCUACCAGAAAUACAUGAAGGAGGAUGGAAGUCCUCCUGCUGAUAUGGCAGAGUAUUUUGCCUCUGAGGAAAAUAAGCUGACACAUCAGGAUCGUACUAAAAAGUUUGAGUUGGCCUACACUCAUACAAUGUACUACCUUGCUCAAGUCCUAACAAACCUAGGUCAGAAGGAGCGUGCUGCUGCUUACUGCCACGCUACCCUGCAGCGGCAGUUACAGUUAAACCAGUUCAAUCCCAUGGAGUGGGCUUUGAAUGCUGCUACUCUUUCACAGUAUUAUAUUUCCAAGGGGCGAUACAUGGAAGGAAGACACUGUCUCUCUGCUGCCACAGUCAUAUCCGGUCUUGCUGGAGAAGUUCCGUCUGAGGCUGCUGCACAAGAAAGUGAAAUGGAAAAUGAAAUUCGGGAGGAGCUGAGACGAAAGAGAGCAGAGAUUGCAAGAUGCUGGAUCAAAUAUUGUCUCAACCUCCUCCAGGAUGCCAAAGAAGCUAUACAGGAUGACAUCGGGGAGUUUGACAGCGAGCGCCAGGACGAGCUGAAGCGAGCGAGAAAGCUCAAAGAGGAGGAAGAGGAGAAGGAGAGGAAGAGCGCACAGCUUUUUGGUUCUGAGGACACCUUCGACCAAAUCACAAGCCAGGAAGAGAAGGUGCCAUGUUCUUAUCCGCUGGACUUCACUGAAGCCAGAGCUGUGUUUCUCACCGGACAGUCUCACAUCACACAGGCAAAAGAAUACUUUUUAAUGGAUGGUUUUGUGACGGACCACAUCGAAAUCCUGCAGGAUCACAGUGCUCUGUUCAGGGCUCUGGCUUUCUUCGAGGAGGAUCUGGAGCGGCGGUGCAAGAUGCACAAACGUCGCGUGGACAUGCUGGAGCCAGUCUGCAACGAACUGAAUUCUCAGUACUACCUGAUGAUCCGCCGGCAGCUGAUGUUUGAGUUGGCCGAGACGUACAACGAAAUGAUGGACCUGAAGCUGACGCUGGCCAACAGACAGGCGGACACGCAGUCUCUGGACAACCACGUCAUCAAGAAAUGUAACCAGCUCUGCGCCGCCUCGGCCAAGUACUUCCAGAUGUUCCUGGACUCUCUCCGCUCUCCUGAGGGGAAGUUCCCAGAGCGCCUUGAACAGGAGGUGCUCAGACCAGCUCUGGUGGCCCGCUUCCGAGUUGCCCGACUCUACAGCCGACUGAUCAGCUCCAUUCCAUCUGAACAGCUGGAGAACCUCAGCAAGUCUCUGGAAAACUAUAAGUUUUUGGUCCAGUAUUGUGAAGACCAACCAGACGCUGCGAAGGAAGUGGAGACGGAGCUGGAGUUGAGUCGGGAAAUGGUCGGCCUCCUCCCCCUCAAGAUCAACCGACUCAAAGCAAGAAUGGCCGCCAACAACUGACGCGCGCCUGUGCUGUGGACGUGUGUGGCGUAUGAGCAGACCACAGGCUGACAUUCAUCCUAACUGUCACUCACCUUUGUGCUGCUGUCGGCAUGUUUUCCCCACACUUGAGGUGUGGACUGGUGUGACUGUCGUAAAACAAGUCGUAAUGAUUAAAUUUGCACUAAUAUCAAUCACAACUUGUAGAAAAUACAAAUUCACGUGUCUUAAUGUGAAAGGCUGGAGUGACUGAGGUCACCAUGUCCCCACUUACAUCCCCUACUUUUUUCUUCAUUUGACGCGGCCUUAUUUCGCCCAUCUGUCGUCACCCGCAGGUUUCACUCUUCCUGUGUGUUAUCGGGUUAAGUUGCUCAACGUGACACCGCUCGAGUGUAGAACAACCCUGGUGAAGCCAUCUGUAAUGUACUCUCACCUCAAUAAAGGAAGCUGAUA